GAGUGAGGUAACCCCAUAAGACUGCCUCUCACUUUGUGCCUGUCUACCCUUGCUUUGUUUAUCUCUCUCUCCCUACAAUCUCUCUCUGUCUCUCUCUCUCAAUCUCUCUAUAUCUCUUAUAUCUCUCUCUGUGUUGAGAAACUCUGAAAUAGAGGAAAGGCAGACACACACACCAGAGAAGUUUUUAAUGUCUCCACCCACCGCCUCUUAUUUUCUCUCCUCUUUCUUCUGAAAUACAUAUACUCAGACCAUAAAAUCAACACCCCAGCUUGUAUUUUUCUUACAAUAAUCACUAUAAGAUAUACUUACAUAUAUAAUUUGAGUGCUUGCUCUGUUUCUUUGGUAAUUCUUGUCAAGAUUACAUCUUUCUAGCCUCACUCAGAUCUAUAGCCAACAAGCUUAUUUUCCCAAUUACAUUAUGAGUAAAGAAGAGUUCUUGAAAAUUCAGACUUGUGUGCUGAAGGUUAAUAUACACUGUGAUGGAUGUAAGCAUAAAGUGAAGAAGAUCUUGCAGAAAAUUGAUGGUGUUUACAAAACCAGCAUAGAUUCUGAGCAGGGGAAGGUUACGGUUUCGGGUAGUGUAGAUGCAGCUACCCUGAUCAAGAAGCUUACGAAGAAUGGGAAGCAUGCUGAGAUGUGGGGUGCUCCGAAAGGCGGCAAUAAUAACAAUCAGCCUCAGAAGAAUGUGCAAAUUGACCAUGGGAAAGGGGGAAACAAGGGGCAACAGCCGAACAAAGGCGGAAAUAACCAGCAGCAGCCUCAGAAGGGUGGGCCGCAAAUGCCUAACCAGCAACAACUUCAGCAGCUACAGCAGUUGCAGCAGAUGAAAGGGUUUCAAGAUAUGAAGUUGCCCCCUCAAUUUAAGGACAUGAAGAUGCCUCCUUCGUUCGGGAAGGACCCGAAUCAGAAGGCGGUCAAGUUUAAUAUACCGGAGGAGGAUGAGUUUAGUGAUGAUGAUCUGGAUGAGGAUUAUAGUGAUGAGGAUGAUUAUGAUGAUGAUGAUCUGGAUGAUGAGUUGGACGAUAUUCCGCCGCCUAAUAAGAUGAAACCUAUGAUGGGUCAGGGCGGUGGUGGUGGUGGGCAGAUGCCUCCGAAUAUGAUGAUGAUGAAUGGAAUGAAGCCUGGCCAGCUUCCUCCACACCUUAUGAAAGGUCCUCCUCCUGGUGGUAAUAAUGGAGGAAAUGGCGGUGCAAAUGCCAAGAAAGGUGGGGGCGGCGGAGGUGGUGGUGGAAACAUUCCUGUUCAGAUGAAUGGUAACGGUGGAAAGAAAGGUGGUGCUGGCGGCGGAGGAAAUGGAGGCAAUCAAAAUCAAGGAGGCGGUGGACAACCUAAGAAUGGUGGUGGCAAGCCUAAUGGUGGUGGCGGUGGCCAAAAUAAUGGCGGAGGAGGUGGCGGUGGUGGUGGGGCUCCUGGUGGUAAUGGAGGAAAGCAGGGUGGAAUGAAUGUUAUGCCUAACAUGAUGGGUAUGAGUGGUGGUGGGGGUGGCGUGGGCCAAAUGAGUGGUGGUAUGCCUAUGGGCCAGAUGGGUCAAAUGGGAAACAUGCAAGCAGCAGUUCAAGGCUUGCCAGCUGCGGCGGUCAAUGGCGGUGCUCCUGCUGGUUACUAUCAAGGUGCCGGAGGCCCUCAAGCAAUGGCAGGAAACGCCUACUACCAACAACAAAUGGCAGCAGCUAUGAUGAACCAGCAACGUGCAAACGGCGAAGGAUUCCACCCAAUGAUGUACGCAAGACCCCCUCCCGCCGUGAAUUACAUGCCUCCACACCCCUACUACCCAUACCAGCAACCACCCUCAGAUCCAUACACCAACUACUUCAGUGAUGAAAACACCUCCAGCUGCAAUGUUAUGUGAAUUCUUCAUCGUCGUCGGAAGUUCAGCCAAUCCCUAGGCCUAAAGUUUGCUGAUUUUGUAAUGGUGGACUUGGUGGUGCUUUGAUGGUUCAGUUAAAGUGUUCAAUGACUUGCUUGUCUAAAACUGUUUCUUUCACUACUUUUCUUUUCUGGCUUUAGCUCUUGUUUGCCAGUUUAUUUUCUCAGAGUCCUAAUUCUGAUUAGGAUUGUUUAAUUCUAAAUUAUAAUAGUGUACCUUAUAGAUUACAUUUAUAAUUAUAUAUAUAUAUAUAUAUAAAGCUUUAGAGAA